GCCGCGGCGGCGGCUCGGGAGACAGGGGCGCAGGCUGGGGUUUGCGGGCGCGAUGCUCGGCGAGAAGACGCGUCCGACGGCGGCCGGGCGCUGAGCCGGGCGGGGCGGAGCAACCCGGCCCCGGGCAUGGAGCGCGGGGGUGCCGAGCCUUGGGACGAUUGGGGCGCGCCUCGUCCGAGCCCGCGGCGCUCCUGAAGUUGCGGCCGGCAAGCGGCCAGCGGCGUGUGGACGGCCCAAGGGGACCCCGGAGCGGCCGGCGCGCAGUGGAUGAGCCUUCGCGCGGGCAGAGAGACGCGGCAGUGGCCAGCACCUGAGCAGGCGGCCUGCGGAGGCCGAUCCGGCGGAAAGCAGAGCCCAAGGCGCGGCGCGGCGCCGCUCCGCACACUCACACGGAACCAUGAGGUGCCACGUUGCCACCAGCUGCCAUGUGGUCUGGCUUUUUGUGCUGAUCUCGGGAUGUUGGGGCCAGGUGAACCGACUGCCCUUCUUCACCAACCACUUCUUUGACACAUACCUGCUGAUCAGUGAGGAUACGCCUGUGGGUUCCUCUGUGACCCAGUUGUUGGCCCGAGACAUGGACAAUGACCCCCUGGUGUUUGGCGUGUCUGGGGAGGAGGCCUCCCGCUUCUUUGCAGUGGAGCCUGACACAGGCGUGGUGUGGCUCCGGCAGCCGCUGGACAGAGAGACCAAGUCGGAGUUCACAGUGGAGUUCUCCGUCAGCGACCACCAGGGGGUGAUCACGCGGAAGGUGAACAUCCAGGUUGGGGACGUGAAUGACAACGCACCCACGUUUCAUAAUCAGCCCUACAGUGUCCGCAUCCUGGAGAACACACCAGUGGGGACACCCAUCUUCAUCGUGAACGCCACGGAUCCCGACCUGGGUGCAGGCGGCAGCGUCCUCUACUCCUUCCAGCCCCCCUCCCAGUUCUUUGCCAUCGACAGUGCACGCGGCAUUGUCACAGUGAUCCGGGAGCUGGACUACGAGACCACGCAGGCCUACCAGCUCACCGUCAACGCCACGGAUCAAGACAAAACCAGGCCUCUGUCCACGCUGGCCAACUUGGCCAUCAUCAUCACAGACGUCCAGGACAUGGACCCCAUCUUCAUCAACCUGCCUUACAGCACCAACAUCUAUGAGCACUCUCCUCCGGGCACGACAGUGCGUAUUAUCACUGCCAUUGACCAGGAUAAAGGACGUCCCCGGGGGAUUGGCUACACCAUCGUCUCAGGAAACACCAACAGCAUCUUUGCACUGGACUACAUCAGCGGGGCACUGACCUUGAACGGCCUGCUGGACCGGGAGAACCCCCUGUACAGCCACGGCUUCAUCCUGACCGUGAAGGGCACAGAGCUGAAUGAUGACCGCACCCCGUCCGAUGCCACAGUGACCACGACCUUCAACAUCCUAGUUAUUGACAUCAAUGACAACGCCCCAGAGUUCAACAGCUCCGAGUACAGCGUGGCCAUCACUGAGCUAGCGCAGGUCGGCUUUGCCCUCCCCCUCUUCAUCCAGGUGGUGGACAAGGACGAGGUGAGUCCCAGAAGGCAGUCGACACCCUCUGGGGGGAAGCUGGAGGAGAAGGCAGAUGCCAACCUGAGGCAGGUGGAAAUGAAUGUCAGGGAGUCCAUAAACGGGAUGAGUGAUGGUGGGUAG